GUUGAGAAGAGAGAAAGUCAUUUUGACGAAAUUGUAAGGCGGGACAAAACGUUCCAUUUAACCCGAGUUAACCUACUUUGGCAUAGCUUCGAAUCUGAGAAAGUUUCUUCCUCACUCGUUCUCUUUUUUCUUGUUUGCCAGCAAUUCAUUGCACUUUGCCAUGGAACAUUGGAGAUUAGUUUUGAUUGUGGUUACUACCGCCAUUGCAUUUGCCGCUGCUCAGAUGAACAUGUUUUGCGAUUUGACAAAACCGCAGCUUGAAAAAUUCAUGGAUUGUGGAAAAGAAGGUUUCUCAUCCGAAGCAUCCAGUGGAUGGAGUACGUGCAAGGAAGAUGUCCUCGGAUAUACAGAUCUCAAUGGAACAGAUACUCACGCCAUUAUAUUCAUGUGUGAACAAAACAAAACAAGAGCUGUUGAAGACUGCAUGAAGAAAUCAGGGAAAAAAGUGAACAGGAAAGCUAGGGCGAAAAUGAUGGUCUGCAUGAUGAAAGUUCUCACUUGAUGCCAUAUCCUCAAAAGAAAUAUCAUAUUUUUUUUCUUUUUCCUCUAAUCAUUCCAUGUACAUAUCUUGUGUGUAAUACGCUCAUUAUACAAUAAAACAUUUUUAUAUUCUUUUGUAAA